AUAAAAUAAAUUAUCAAAAUAAUCUGCAAAAUAAAAUCAAAUUCCAACCAAAUAAUUGCACAAUCUUAGAAGAAAUCACCUUAAAACCAGUAAAGCUUCUUAUCAAAUUUCGCCUAAUCUUUUUGAAACCUUCAAUAAUAUUUCAAUAAAAUCUACAAACACAACAAUUCCUUGAAAAUAAUCUUUAUUCUAAAAAUAAAUCAUGUUGGAUCACUGUGGAAGAACUUUUGAAGAAAUACCGAAAGAUGCAAAGAAAAAGGAUAUUUUUGAUAAUUAUUUAGAAAUUCUAAAGCAACGAAUGAAAAGAUCUGAUGAAGACUGUGGUAUUUUUAUGAAACAAGAGUCUGUUAUGAGUUUAUAUGAACCAACACCAAUGAGUCCGACAAGCACAAAAGUUUUCUUGCAACCAACAGCACAAGAUGAUGCGCAACAUAAUAUUGGCCAACAACCAACCGCUCAAAUAAAGCGAAAUGCAAGCUAUGGAAAUUUAACAGAAGAGACAGAGGCUAGGGUUCUGGUUUUAUAUACAGGUGGAACAAUUGGAAUGCUAAGGAACGAAAAAAAUGCACUCGCUCCGAUUGCAAAUCAACUUGUAAAAAGAAUAAGGAAACACCCACAAAUGUACGACGAAGAAUAUGCGACUCAGCGUUUUGGAAAAGCUUCAACAAUGGCACCACUCGUCCUACCACACGUUCAAGGAGAACACCGAAGAAUUGUUUAUACAGUCACGGAAUAUGAACCACUUUUGGACUCAUCAAAUAUGUCAUUUACUGACUGGAUGAAGAUUGCUCAAGAUAUUAAACAAUCCUAUGAGUUCUUUGAUGGCUUCGUCGUCCUUCAUGGCACCGAUACCUUAUCAUACACAGCAUCAGCUCUUUCAUUCAUGCUUGAAAACCUUGGCAAGACAGUCAUCAUUACAGGAUCACAAAUUCCAAUUUUCGAAACUCGAACAGAUGGAAAAGACAACUUCAUGAGCGCAUUAAUCAUCGCAGGCAACUACGUCAUUCCAGAAGUUUGUGUCUUCUUUAAUUCACGCUUGUUUCGCGGUAAUCGCACAAUUAAAGUAUCGAGUGCAUCUUUAGAUGCUUUUGAUUCACCGAAUGUAGCUCCGAUCGCUAAGAUGGGAAUUAAUGUCGAAAUUGAUUACAGAUUGAUAUUUAGACCAUGCACAGUCGCUAAAUUCACUGUUCAUGCCAAAUUGGAUGAGAAUGUUGGAAUUUUGAGAAUUUUUCCAAAUAUUUUGGCAAAUUCAGUUAAAGCAUUUUUGCAGGAGUUGAAGGGUGUUGUGUUGCAGAGUUUUGGGGCUGGAAACGUCCCAAGUAACCGAAAAGACCUCAGUGAUGUAUUAAAAGACGCUAGUGAACGUGGAGUCAUUAUUGUCAAUUGCACUCAAUGUAUUACUGGAUCAGUUGUUGAAUUAUAUGAAACUGGUCGUCAUUUAUUGGAUAUUGGAGUUAUUAAUGGAUAUGACAUGACACCCGAAGCAGCUCUCGUAAAACUUUCAUAUGUUUUAUCAAAAGACGACUGGUCAUUAGAAACUAAGAAGACAAUGAUGCAGAAUAAUUUACGAGGAGAAUUGACAAGUGGAAAGGGACCUGAAUUACAAGAAUUUGAUCUUGUUGAUGCUGUUGCUAGAUCAUUGCAUCUAUCUACACCAAAAGAGUUGGAGCAGCUUGGCGCAGUCCUUUUCCCAGCCAUGGUCAAUGCGAGUGUCGUUGCCGGAGACAUUAACAAAAUCGACAUGCUGCGAACUUAUGGAGCAAAUUUGUCAGCAGUAAACUAUGAUUUAAGAACAGCACUUCAUAUCGCAUGUGCUGAAGGUAAUGAUGAAGUAGUCAAGCAUUUACUACUUAAUGGAGCUGCCGUACAUAUUCGUGACAGAUACGAUAGAAGUCCACUAGUUGAAGCAAUUAACCAUGAUAAUCAUGAAAUCAUCAGGUUAUUGCUCAAGUGUGGUGCACAUAUUUUUGGAUCAACAAGAAGCCUUGGUGAUUCACUUGCUGGUGCAGCUGCAAGAGGUUUAGUUAAAAGACUGGAGUCAUAUAGACUUGCUGGAGUUGAUUUGUCAUUGCAAGAUAAUUCUGGUAGAACAGCACUUCAUUUAGCAGCUUUGCAUGGACACAUGAAUGUUAUUGAUUAUUUAUUGAAAGAGGAAGUGGAAUAUCGACAUGACAUGAUGGGAUUGACACCAUUGGACUAUGCAAAGAAGGCUAUAAAUAACAGUGCGGCUAUAAUUGCAAAACUUCAGGAAAAAUUUCACACAAUUAAUGGAAAUUCAGACUAAAUAUAAUAAUUAAAAAAUAUCACAAAAAAUAAAUAUUUUACUCCUGAAAAGUAGCAAAUCUUAUAAAGCAGAUCCGUGCUUUUUACAACAACGAAGUUUGUCAUUAAAAGAAGAAAAAAAAUUAAAAUAAAUAAAGUUUGAGCUUAUUUCAAAUUUCAAUAUUAAGUCCAGGCAGCACAAAAUUCAUAUUAUAAGGCCAUAAAUGUUAUUAAAUUUGUGUUUUUUGGACUAUCGGCCAAAAAUAAUUUUGAAAUUUCAGUCAAGCUUAAAGAUUUUUAGAAAACAAUGACAAAUAUAUUUUACUACUCAAAAUUGAUGCACCUUGACUGGUCAAUAAAAUAAAAAAUUCUAAGACAAUAAUAAAAGGAAAAAUAAAUUUUAAAAUUAAUGAAUAAUUGUGGCUUGAAAUGAUAUCAAUUAAUAAGUUUAUGUUUAGAAAUGAAAAAUCAAAAAAGACAUUAUUUUCGUCUAAAGUAAAUUAGUCAUUUAGAAUUGAACCCGAUUGGCACAAGUUGCUUAAUUAAUCAAAAAAUGGCACCAAACUGGUAUGACGCUGGAUUUAAAUCGAAGUCAGCACCAUGCCAGAGUCAUACCGGCUGGGCAUAGGAUUUCUAUUCGAUUAACCGAAUUGUGCCAUUUGGGGGAUCAAUUAGUAAAGUUUGGAUUAAAAAAUGAACUAUUUCAAUUAAAAAUAAAUAAAACAAGAUGAAAAUUGCUAGAUAAAUGAACUAGAGAAAAAUUCCAAGCACCAGGGACU